AUGACAACAGCCACAGAAACCUCAGAAAACAUCUCAGCUACUCCUGGUUCAGAGAUACACGACGACAAGCCAGUACAAGCUGAACACGAGACCGUGGACGCCACGCCCCCAGGCGAAGAAAGCCAAAUUACGAAAGAAUUAGAUCGGCUCAUUACGAAGAAAUUCGAUAGAAAUGUUGUGCCGUGGUUAUUUGGACUAUGGCUGCUGGCUUUCAUUGACCGCUCUAAUAUUGGGAAUGCUAAGAUCGAUGGAUUGGCUGCGGACUUGAAUAUUCUAACGGGAACAAAGUUUAAUAUUGCGUUGACUAUCUUUUACGUACCCUAUAUUUGUGUUGAUAUUCCGUCGAAUUGGCUUGUUAAGAAAAUAGGCGCUGGAUACUACCUCCCCGCCUUAAUCAUAGGAUGGGGCACCAUAAGUCUCUGUAUCGGAUGGGUAGAAACAUGGAACUCGUUACUAGCUGCUCGUUUUUUUCUCGGGCUCAUGGAAGGUGGAUUACUGGGAGGCCUGAUAAUCUACCUUGCCAUGUUCUAUCGUCGUCACCAACUCAUGCGUCGAAUCGGCCUCUUUUACUGUGCUGCUCCAUUAUCCGGAGCCUUUGGAGGUCUCCUCGCUACUGGGCUUUCGAAGAUUAAAACUCCGGGGUAUAAUGGCUGGCCCUUCAUUUUCUUUGUCGAAGGUGCUAUUACCGUCAUCUUUGGAAUUGUGACGAUAUUUUUUCUGCCCCAUACACCUUCCCACGCCAAGUUUUUAACGGAAGAAGAACGAUAUGUCGCUAUCCAUCGUAUGAAACUUGAUUAUCGUGGAGCUUCUCCGGUUGCCAACAUAGAUAAUGAGAAAUUCAAUUGGCACUGGGUAAAAUUAGCCGUGUUCAAUUGGAAUACUUGGUUACUUUCACUUAACUUCUUUGCCGUCAUUACUCCUAUUUAUUCCUUUUCCCUUUUCCUACCGACUAUUAUUACUGCGCUGGGUUAUACUCGUAUAAAUGCAAAUCUCCUAACCGUCCCUCCAAACAUGGUCGCCUUCCUCAGCGUAAUCCUCGUCACAUCUCUCUCAGACUACUUCAAGCGCCGCGGAAUCUUCAUGCUCAUCUGUUCUAGCAUCGCCAUAAUCGGCUAUAUAAUGCUCAUCACCAUUUCGAAACCCCAUGUCCAAUAUGGCGGUACGUUUCUCGUCGCUGCUGGAAGUUUUGCCUGUCCGCCUGUCGUCAUGGGCUGGCUAGCAAACAACACCUCCCCCCACUACGUCCGCGCUUCCGCCUCAGGAUUACAAAUCGGUCUCGCCAAUAUCGCCGCCUUCAUCGCAACCUUCACAUAUAUAGCCGAAGAUGCACCUCGCUAUACAGCAGGUCAUGCGAUAAAUCUCGGUAUGUUAGGUUUGUGUCUCAUAGUUACUAGUAUUACGAUGUGGUAUUGCAAAUGGGAAAAUGGGAUGCGGGAGAGAGGGAUGAGAGAUGGGAGGUUGGUGGAGGGACAUACGGAGAUGUUGGGUCAUAGACAUCCAGAGUUUAGGUAUACUGUUUGA